UUUAGUAGGUGAAGACUGUCUUUGAUGACAAAACUCCACAGAUUCCGGUAUUUUAGCUGAUAUUUAUGGAGCUUCUAUCAUUCCCCUAAUGAAGUCGUUCAGUUCCUUCUUCCACCAACAAUCACAGUUGACUUAUUUAUUCUGAGCUUUUAGUUCUCGCAGAAACUCACUACAAAGUCAGAAUUUCAUGGAAAGUUGAGCCAAAGGAUCAAACAGUCUUGUUGGAGCUGAAGUUCUUCGGUCAAAGAGGUUUUUAACUUAACAGAAAAGCCAAACUUGCAUAGCAAAAACACACAGACCUGACUGUGAUGCAGCACAUAUUACUGGUUAAUCUUUGUUUACCCAACUACUAAAGAAAAAACAUGGACGCUUUUUAAAAAUCUCCACUCCUCUGACCUCCUUUAAGCAAAGACGAAGCGCGGCGGAUGAUGCGAGCGCCCUGAAAUGUGCCGUGCAUCUGGAUCUCCUGCUCGGAGCUCAGAAAAACAUCUGGAAGUGUUAAAACUGUGAUGACUCCAGCAGAAUCCCCCAACAGCCAACCGCGGCCUCGCUUCCUGGACGCUCUCCACCAAUCAGGAGGCCGGCCAGAGCGGACGGGCGGUCCGAGCAGACGCACAGAAAGUGGGAGAAAGGAAGGAAAGGGGCGAGCAGAAAAGAUCAAUCCUCACGUCUGUAGGAGAAAGGAAGAAAAAGAAUAUUUUUCAGGACGUUUAGUUCUGGACUGCAAACAGGGCCGAGCCGACCGGGUUAUCACUGUGGACCGAGAGGAAGAGGAGGAAGGAGGUCGCCCGGACAGACGUAAGCCGGAGCAGCGCCACAGCCAAGGUCCUCUGUCAUCCAUCAGAGCCGCCAUCAAGAGAAGCUCUCCCCGGCCCACCUCCCUCACAGAGACGCCCGCGGACCGAGAGCGCGACAGAAACCGCAGACCACAGAUCACCAUCUUGUCAGCGGAGCCGCUUCCCUCCACUUCCUGGUUUCCCGGCGUGGCAGCGGGAAUCCCGCCCCCGCCUCCGCCCGCCGCACAGAUCUGGGGAGCCACCAUCCCUCCAUCCAUCCAGCCGCCUCCUUCUUAUGAGGAGGUGAUCAAGGAGAAGACGCAGGAGCAGGUACUCCUUCCUUCUUCCUCGCCGUUCCCUUCAAUAAACAUCGCCACUCAGACGGAGGCGGGGCCUGAACCUGAGCAAUCUGGAGCAGAAAGACCAGGGAGACCGCCGCGGCCUCCGCCCCCCGACAAAUCCACCGGUGACAUCACCGUCCCCAGCAGCCAAUCAGCUCCCUGCUCUCAGGCCCGUGUGGAUACGGACUCUCGGGGCUGCGCCCUCCCUGAAACGAGUUCUCCUCCAAGCGCCACUUGUGCGGCUCAAAGUGACCUGCUGGAUCUGUGCUUUGCAGCUCCUCCUCACGACGGGGCUGCGGGGCGCCCCAGGCCCCUCCCCCGCUCUAGAGCCGGACUUCAGCCGCUCAGGAAGGAGGUCAAAGUUCAGACUUUGGUGAAGCUUCGGGACGACGGCGCCGCCACAUUAGCCAGCCGUGCUGAAGGCUCCGGCUCGCAGCAGGAGGGGGGCCAGGGGAGGUAUCUGCAGGAGCUGCUCCAGGCGUUCAGCUCAGACGACUGGGGCUUCCCCGAUCACCACGGCGACGGCGGAGAGCCCAGCCAAUCAGACAGUGAAGAGAGAGAGGAGGACGAGGAGGACAUGGCGACCCUGAAACUGAGGAUCCAGGCGUUCGAGCAACAGCAGGAGGCAGAGAGACCUGAGCCGCGACCACGCCCCCGUCUCCAGGGGCAACCAGGCAGGUCGGUCCCCCCCGUGAUCGCCCCAAAGCCUAAAACCUUUUCGCCCGCCCCCAAACCGUCAGCCAGGGUUUCUCUGGACGAUGGAUGCAGGUCUGCGGAUCAGGGUCAACCAGAAACCGCUGAAACCAGCAGCCAGGAGUUGAACCCGAAACCCCAAACGGCUGCAGAGGCAUCAGCCUCUGGUCCUUCCUCAUCAGAACCGGGCCCCAUCAGAACCGAUAAGAAACCCUCUUUAGCUCCGAAACCGCGGUCCGUAACGGAGACCCCCUCAGCCGCUAGCCCCACCCCUGUUCCUGCGCCGAGGCCGCCGCCCCCCAAGCUCCCCACCUCCUCCCCGCUGAACCCCACACCCCCGCCGAGACCCGCGGCGGCUCCCAGAGCCAGCGUGGGUGCUUCCCCCGCGGAUAGGAGAAGCAGCGUGACUCCGGGGGGGUCUCCAACCAGCGUCCAAUCAGCGGGGGUGAAAGCAGGAAGUGUCUGCGCCGGCGCCCCAACCAAACCUGCAGCUCCGGCUUCCGCCCGUAGGACGAGCGCUCCAAACCUGGCAACCAGAGCCGCUCCAGUUUCACAAUCACCUCCAGAUCCAAACACUAAACCAACGUCCUCGCCUCCUAAACCUGCUGGACAGGCUCCGCCCACAUGUCCCGCCCCCGCGUUGAGGAAAGCCGAUAGGACCCACAGCAAGACACCGGCCGCAGACCCUCCUCUUCCUCCACGCCCUGCAGGUGCGAAACCCCUCCCUAUUCGACCUCCUCCAAUCAAAUCCAUCCCGAGCAGGCCGCCGCCUCCAGCCGUCAACUUGCACUCCUCGUCCAAUCAAAUUCCUUCCAAGGCUGCUCCGCCUCCCUCGUCUUCACCCGGUAACACCCGGGCCCAGAAGGGAGGGAAAAGAGGACCGCCUCUGCCACCACGGCCUAAACCCGGACACCCGCUCUACAACAGCUACAUGCAGGAGGUUCUGAUCGUCCUGGACGACCCAAACCCGGAUCCUUCUGAGCAGGUCUCAAAGGAAACAAAAGACCCCUCCAGCACCCCCCUCAUCCUGCCGUCGCAGGAGCUCCUGGACACCCCACCUGAGGACACCCGAUCCAAACCGGCCCUAGAGGACCUCCAGUCCAUCCUGCCUGUGAAGCCUGUGGAACUGAAGGACCAGCCAGACCCCGCCCCUGUCAGCGGCCCCCGCUGCGUCGCCAGGUUCGACUACGAGGGCGAAGAGGACGACGAGCUCACCUUCUCCCGGGGCGACGUCAUCGCCCUGCAGGAGGUGAUGGGAGACGAGUGGGGGCGGGGCCAGAUCCACGGGAAAUCCGGGAUAUUUCCCCUGAACUUCACGGAGGUGCUGGAGCCCCUCCCACCGGCGGUGACAUCAUCACCAGGUGAAAGCGGCAAAGUCACGUUGGAAGAAACCCCAGACUCAGCGUUGACAGAAAGCUCUCAGGACUCAGAGGGGGAGGAGUGGGUGGUGGCUCUGUUUGACUUUCCCGGUCAGACCGCAGAGGAUCUGUCCUUCCAGAAGGGGGCGCUGAUCCGAGUGACGGAGCGUGUGGACGCAGAGUGGCUCAGAGGAAGGCUGGACGGCCGAGAGGGCCUCUUCCCGGCAUCCUUUGCUCAGGCUCAGCCAAUCCCAGACCAGCAGAGUCCAGUUGGACGAGCAGCCAAAGCCCUGUUCAAUUUUACAGCGGAGCGCGAGGACGAGCUGACCGUGAAGGUCGGGGACGUAAUCACGCAGGUGGAGUCUGUAGACACAGACUGGAUUUUAGGACUUAUGGACGGGAAACGUGGGAUUGUUCCUAAAAACUAUAUUUCUUUUCUCUGAUGUGGACGGGGAACGGGACCAUGGGAGCUGUUUCCUGCGCGCUUUUAUUUUGAAGUGCUGAGCACACGCCUGUUGUUUUGGACCAUGCGUUUUAUUCUGAAAGUCUCAAUAGACUUUUUGUUUUAAAUAUAUUUUUUUCUAACUGGAUGAACUUGACUCCUGCACGCACAAACGUCACCACAUCCGUGAUAAACCUUUACUUAAAUGUUUAAAUACAUGAACCCGAAUGAAACUUCAGACACAGAAAGUUUGCUAAAGGUGAGUCUGCACCAGGUCAUGUGACACACAGGUAUGUUUGUUCCUCACGUUUUCAGGAUCUGACACAAAUGAAGGGAAAGUGGAAAAACAGCAGGUAAUGUUUACAGAUCACUAAAGGGAUUUUUGAGGUGAUUAGAAGGUUUUUAAAAGAAACGUAUAAAUAAAUGUUCAGAUCAAACUUAUUUGGGUUUUUAUCCUCCAAAUUAAAAUGUUUUCCUAAUUAUUGGAACAUUUUGACAUUUUUCUCUAUUCAGAUCAACUUUUUUAUGUAACUAUCAGAAGUUUUCAUGUUUUCCCCCCAUUUUUAUGUUUAGCAUUAAAAAAUAGACAGAUGUUCAUAAAAUCAGUUCACUACACUAUAAUCAGCUGAUUUUUGACAUAAACAAACUUUUUUCCCAGACUUUAUGGUAAAAAUGCGACGCAUAACCUUUAAUUUAGUCUAUUGGCUCUCAUUAAUGGACUUCAGCCUUAAAGCUUCUGGUUUUCUCCUGAAGAGAACCAACUGGAAGACGGGAAACGUCCAGUGGAACCAGAACAUCCAAGAUUACUGCUAAGAGACGAUUCAUUUCCUUUACAAACAUUGAUGUUAUGGCUUUUUCUGUACAUUUCAUGUUUCAUUUUUCAUGAACUGAAUCUCCAAAUUGUUUCUUUUUGGGAAGAUUUUCUCCAAAGGAAACUCAAAUUCAUUAAACAUUUUGUGCAAAUCA